AUGACGACCACCUCCACCCUACCACCCCCCCUCUCCACAACCAGCAUACUCACCCUCCUCACCACGCUCUCCCUCCCCCCACCAACAACCAUCAUCCCCCUCCCCGUCUCCGCCGCCUUCCACACAAUCUACCUCAUCCACUACGCCCCCUCCGCCGCCGCAUCCGCCACGCCCCCAAUCCGCGCCCGCGCAGACCCCUCCGACGGGAGCAUCACCCUAGUGCUGCGCAUCUCGGGGACCCAAAUCCCCCGGAUAAAGACCCUGAACGAAGUGGGUGUAAUGACCUGGGUGCGACGGAAUACUUCCAUCCCCGUUCCCGCGGUGAUUGCCUACUCGGCGAGUCGAGACAAUCCCCUCGGGUAUGAGUUUACCUUGUUGGAGCGGGUGUCGGGCGUGUCUGUUGCGGAGGUGUAUGAGGGUCUUGAUGAGGGUAGGAAGAGGAAAUUGGUGGAGCAGGUGGCGGGGUUUGUGGCGGAGUUGCAUGGUAAGCCCUGGAAGGGGGGGUAUGUGGGUGGACUGCAGUUAGCAGCCCAGGGUAGUGAUGAUAGUGCGGAGGGGAUGGAGAUAGUGCGUGGUCCGCCUAUUGAAGAGACGUAUUGGCAGACGCAGGAUGUGGAGACAUAUUGGGCCGGAAUGGGUGAAACGCUGGAAACGCUGAAUCCGUUCAAGAGUGAUGGGUAUGCGAGUUACACGGAGUAUAAUAUUGCGUGUGUGGAGCGGUAUAUCCAUGCUAUUAGCAUCCACCCAUCACUAUCGACACAUAGGGAUUUAAUCCCUCGGUUGGAGGAGUUCAUCUCAGUUAUUGGGUUCGAUGACAAGCUGAAUGAUGUACCCUAUGUGUUGGCCCACAAAGACCUCCACUUCGCGAACAUCAUGUGCGAUCCAUCGUCUCCCGAAUGUCCUAUUACCGGCAUCCUGGACUGGGAGUUUGCAAGCGUGGUGCCGGCGCCGCGGUGGAAUCCGGUGCGGGCGUUCCUGUGGAAUUAUCGGUAUGGGGUGGAGGAUAAGGCGGAGAGGGAUCGGUUGGAAGGGGUGUUUGAGGAGGUGUGUAAGAGUCGAGGGCAGGGGUGGGUGUUGGAGGGGAUGAAGUUGAGUGAGAGGCAGGAGGGGAUGCAGAGGGUGGUGAAUCAUGUUAGGGCUAUUGUGGAGGUGGGUGUGAAGGGGGCGGGGGAGGAAAAGGAGGGGAAGGUGAGGGGGUGGAGGGAGAUGGUGGAGGAGGGAUUGAAAGUGUUUAAUGUCAGCUCAAUCCUGGAAAAUUACAAUUGA